AGUGAGGAGCGGCUCCAGACUACAAAAAAAAGAGGAGCGGGAGCCCCGUGAAUUCUGAAAUCUUAGAGAUGAAGAAUGUUUUUCCUGUAUGCAGUUUGUUACCGCAUUCAUUGCUGCAGCAAGUGCUAUUUGAACAUGAGUACUUGUGAAAUUUCGGUUAGAUGUUUGAUAACCUGUAGCCAAUAGAAGAACCCUUAAUAAUUGGGGUCUCAAUCCUUUUCGCACAGAGGACCAUGAUCCGUUCGUGUUCUGAUAGUCCCGCUAUUUCUUAAUCUCUGUCUACUACUUAGGAAAGUUCUUGUCCGCAGAAAAAAAUGAAGAAAUUCAUCGGCCUCGCUUCUUCAUCGAAGAUGAAGGUUCCUGUUAAAAAGGCGCCGAAAAACGCAGAUGAGAGGAUUUCGAUGAAGGCUCUGUCGCUCGCCAAAAGUGCCGUCAAGUCUUCUUCGAUGAAGAAGAUGGCGAGUUCUUCUGCUCCUGCUCGUCCGGUUCCGAUGAAAAAACUUACGACUGUACCUCAAGUGAAGCAAUGUCCGUUUACAAACGCCAUCAAGCGGAUUCCGUCAGCGCAAGUGUGGAGUUUUCAAGAUGUAGCCGAGGAAGCAGAAAGACAAGGACAAGGGGGGAUGAUGAAAGCCUCGAACGUUGCGCACAACAUUGGCAUUGGACGAAGAGAUGUUCCCUGGUGGAGAGUGGUAUAUAAGUUAAGAUGGAAGUAGUUCUGGGUAGUUGAGUUGAUAUAUUUAUCUCGAUUCCUUCGAGAUAAUCUGUCUAUCCAGCAUAAUCUUCGAUGAACUUUAUAAUUUACAAAAAGAUAUUGUCAAUGACUCAACUCCUCCUCUUGCUUCUAACCAAGGGCGAGGCGAAAACUCCUUUGGUGAAACUGCUACAACGACCGCGACCUUCUAGAGAUGAUAAGGAUGAUAAGGAACAAAGAGCUGCCCUCACUGCAAAACGACAGAAAACGCAGAAAAUGCUUUUGUCGAAAGAAGGAGUGGACGUGGAAAAGCCUGUCCCGAUACGAGCGCAAGUGGACGACGAGGCAUUAACCGUUAUGGGUAAAGACUUGAAGAAUAUUAGAGGUAACAAGCCUGAUGCCUCUUCUAGUAGAAGGGCACUGUUCCAAAAUUGGUUUGUGCGAGUAAAGCAAGUAGUGAAAGAAGUCACUGGGGAGAUGGAAAAGUAUCAUACUACAAAAGCAGGAGAAGGUGGUGCUCAAUCUGGGACCAUGCAAACUGCCACGUCUUCAAAGUCCUCUUCAUCUACCACCAAAAGCAACUACACGUCUGCUUCCACCGAACCCGACUCCUUUAGUUUGAAUCCCGUGAAGGUGUCACGAGUUUUCAGUGUGGCAGAGGUGAAAGCGAUCUUGGAUUGGGCAGGUGUUGGGGCGAAUCGUGACCGCACAGUGCGAUUGGAAAAGCAUAAUUUUGGGAGGGGAAUUUACCAUUAUAUGAAGGAGGAAGCAUUUCUUGUUGGAGAUACAACAACUGUGGGUUCUCGACUUGCUGAGUUGCGAGCAGCACUUUUUUCCGCGUUAUCACCCUUUACUUCGGUGAACAAGCAGAACAGUCUGUUAAGAGAUGCAUCAAGUGCGAAACCCGCCGAAGCACUGCCUAAAGGACUAUCAUCCUCAACCAAAAAGUCCAUCUCAAGCUCCAGUGCAAGCCCAGCAGCCCAGCUUUCUGCCUUCCACGAUCAGUGUCGUAAAGCAGGAUAGAAGAGGCCCAGUUCCCUAGUCCUUUAUUACAGCGAAGGCGGGGUGAAUUUCCCUCAUCGGGACUUGUUUGGGACUGUCUACUUCCCGUUUCAGGUGCUUAUUAUGCUGACGGAGGGGAAGGGGGUGGAUUACAGUGGAGGGGAAUUUUAUGUGAUGGAUAAGGCGAAAAACGAAAAGUAUCCGCAGAAUCUGGGUCGUGGAGACUUGUUGAUCUUCGAUCCGGUUAAGGUGUGGCAUGGAAUGAGCAAAGUGACGAGCGGAAGACGAGCUGUCUUUGGGUUUGUCUGUCACUUGGCGAAGUAGAAUAAAGGCAUCGCUCGACUAGAAGUAGAAGCUGGAAGAUGAUAAACAGAAAGAAAUAUCGAAAUGAUCUCUCCAUUCCUUAAAUAAGUAUAUUUAAUUCAAGCAACAAGUCUCUCACUCUGCUCUCUACUUCUAC